UGGCGGGCCCCCGUCCCCUAACUGCCUCGACUCCGCUGCUACUCGUAAACCAACAUUGUGUCAACUGCCAUCGCCACAGUCCAGCUCUGCGCCUUCUAUAGCGAUACGAUUCUUGUCUUGAUUGAGUUACAUUUGUUCGUUUGUGCUUGUCUUUCAAUCUGGGGAGCUUGUGAGAUCUCUCUCGCAGGAGUGUUCAAUUGUCGUCCUUCUGGGGACGCUGUGGUCUGUUGUUGGAAUUUGGGUGAUUGAUUAUCGUUUGUGAGAGUUGGGCAGUGACGUUGCAGACAGUUCCGUGGUUUUCAAUUACUUGUUGUGUGUGUAGCUUGAUGUGAGUAGUAUUCGUGAGCCUUGGAUUGUGGUUUCUUGAACUUUGGGGUGGCGAUUUUUUUAGGUUUAAACUCAGUUGGGGAUCAGCUGUCUCGGGGGGUAUCCUUGAGUGUAGGUUACUUGGUUUGAUAUUGAGAAAUUCUUAGGGCUCCAGGUGUUUUAUUUUGUUGAGACUGGGGCGUGAAGUUAUUGCAUUCCCCGGUUCUGCUGUGUUGAACAACGCUACAAAGCUUACUUUGCGGUUGCUGUUGAAGUGUAGAAAAUGUUCGAUUUUUGACAUAAUGCAAAGCCUGACCAACUUUAAACGUGAUACCUAGCUGCUCUGAACAUUUUAAAAAUGAACCAGAAUUAUGCUUCUUAAACCGCCUAGAUUUACUUUGAAUGACUACUCAUCAAGCCGAAUUUAAAUUUGGUUUGUCAAAAUUAACAUCUCUUUCAACAACGGUCUUUUUGCGGCUCUCUGGAUUUAUUGGAAGCAUGCCUGUGAGUAUUAUAGCGGUUGAAAUCUAUAUUUUGGAAGGGGAGUAUCCAUGCCUAGCGGAGGAGAGAAUAUGUUAAUUCGUGUUUCACACAUUCACCAAACGAAAGUUCAUCAAUGUAAGAAACCUGUGAAUGGAUCGAACAGGGUUCAUAGUAUACCCUUUGAAAGUCACGGAGGGUUGAAAGAUCAACAGCGCGCCGAUGACAUGGAUGAUACCAGUGUUGAGUUUCUUCAGGGUUCUGGUUGUGAAGCAAAGCAUUCGGAUUUUAUUUUAGCGCACGAGGAAAAGAGUGAGCACGAUCAAUCAGUGGUAUUGGACUCAUCGAAAGGGUUAGAGGCGAGUCCAGAUUUCAGAAACAGGAUUACUCGGCAAUUGCGCUGUCCAGCAUUUGCCUGGAAAUCAUUGGAGGCCAUGCCUGUCCGUGAUCUCUUCCGUGUGACCCACUCAAUCUCGGAACCAAAACCAUCAAAAGACUCGGAUGAGACCUUCGUUAAAAAUGGAAGCAAUUUAUUGAGUACAGUAGAAGGUGAAGGAAUAUACUCUGAAAAGGAGUUAGUCUCUGUUGUGCUUGCAUUUCAGCGUUGGCGUCAUGUCCAUCUGAAGAACAUACUGGGCCAAGAAUUAAGAAAGGUGCUGGAAGAAGCUCGAGAGGAUGAGACCACCCUAUCAGCACUGGAAACUGAGCUGGAGGAAACUGAACAACAGUUGACUUCUGCACGCGCUAACUCCUCAAAGCUCCGCAGCCAACUUGCCGCAUCAAUGAUUAACAACCAUGAUAAUAGCUAUUCUGCCCACAAGACUACUGUAAGCAAGAGUGAGAUGGAGAUGAUGAGGAUUAUGGAAAGAUUAAAGGAAGCGGAUAUAGAAAUUCAGUGGCGGGAUAAUGAGGUCCAGCAGCUUAAUGAGAGAAUAAGAUGUAUGGAGGAUCGAAGUGGACGAGUCGAUGACAAACUAAGUUGCCUUCAAGCCGAGAAGAUUAACCUCCAAGCAGAAAAUAGAGCUCUUCUUGAACAGUUUUCUAGGGAUAAAGAAGUAAUAAAGCAAGCAGAAGAGAUUGAGAGGCUCAAGCCCUCAACAGACAGACUGGUGGAACAGCAGAAAUCAAAGCACCAGCGGCUGGAGUCAUUAGUGGCCAAAUAUAGUGCAGAAGUUAAGACCCUGCAAGAGCAAUUGCAACAAGCAUGUGAAGCUAAGUGUUCAAAAGAGAUAGAGUUGGCUACUGCAGUGAAGCACUCCAGCCAUUUGAAGCAGGAGAAGGACAUCCUGCUGUUACAACUUCUAGAAGCUGAGAAGCGGGCAGAUCUUGCAUCUGCCCGUGCAGAGGAAUUCUGCGUGAAACUGCACUUCACUUCAAAUGAUGGAGCGAAAGCGUCAGAAGAAGUUCUCUCAGAGAUGAUCAAACAUCUAAAGAAAUUGACGGAUCACGUGAGAGAACUAGAGACCACCGUCUAUGCCGCGGAUCACGCGGAACCAUUCUCUCCGCACGCUGAUGGAUCCAGUAUCCGUCCUAAAUUAGUGAACUCUAUAGGGAGUAAGAAUUGGUGUGCUGAAGCUGGCAAGUGUGGCACAUCAGAGUUAGACCAAGUUUAUUGCUCCUUUCCUCAAGAUACAGUUUUAGGAUUGUUACACAGUAUUUACCAAUUGUGCCCAGCUUGCACAAUAGUCAAUGCACACGACCGAAGUCAUGUCAGUUUUUCUACUGAUAGUGACCACGUACUCUUAAAUCCUUCAAACAGAGUGCAUCAUUCACAUCCACAACACAUAUGUCAGGAUAAGAUCAAUAGUUGGAUUUGGAAAUGGCGGUGGGCUGCAUCCAUUGCAAGGGUGGAGUUUCUUGCCAGAAAAUUGCACAGCUUUGACCAAAAACUGUCGGAGGAAUCACGUCGGGAACAUAAAGUGCAAGAGUUAAUAGAGAGGCUGAGAACGGCAAAUCUGACGACAUGCGUGGAGAAUGAGUUAAGCACCAUGGUAGCAGAUCACAAACUUGUGCCAUUGAUAUUGUCAGCAUGGCGAGCAUUCGCCCGUACAUCUGUGCUUGAGCGGAAAGCCAUCUCUCGGGGUGCUUUACUGGACAAAAUGCUCAAGGCUUUACCUUGUUGGAUUCGAAGAGUAAGCAAGCGGCGACAGCUUGAACGAAGUUUUUUUCGAUGGCAAGUAGUGACUUUGAGCAGCGAUCAGCAACCGAGGUCCCAACAAGAGACGAGAAAUAACUCCAAAAAUAAGAUUGUGGAAGAGCUGCAUCCUGGUCAUGAAGAUUCAAAAGCACCGUCCAAGCUCCUUUCUUCUCCAACAAAUCGUCAACGACUACUCUCGGAAUCCUCGGAUAAAACUGUUGUUACUGUCCAGCGGAGACCUGUAAAGACACCCGCAGCAGUUGCUCACCACAGGGUCAGCCAGAAACUCAAUCUUGGAGAUAACGGGAAUCAACUUUCAAGCGGUUCCCAGACCAGGGUUUUGCAGGCAUUGCAGACAACAUUGCAGCAGGAGGAGGUCGAACUUAAGAAAAUUUUGUGCCACGAGAUUCAGCCUUUGCAGCGCCACGUUCAGAUCCAGAGCAGGCCAGCAACCGCGCCAACCAUGUCCUCGUCCGCAAAAGUACGCGAACCUGACGAGGAUAAGGUGUUGAAAUCGGUAUUGGGCGUUUGCAACAACUUAGCAUUGGCUCUCACUAACGUGAGAGAAAAACUCAGCCCCCAUGUUCUGGCAGACACAGAGAAUACAUGCAGUACAAACCAGCGCGUGAAGCCAAACAAAAAAGUGUCUAAUACAGGCUUGCUUUUGCAAGAUUCCAGAAGGGCACGGUUCUUGGACGACCAGACAAUCAAUACCAGUGCCAGGAGUGGAAUGGAACCUGGCAGACCAGAAUUGCCAAAACCUCCUCCAGAUUUGGAGGGCUUGGGUACCCAUACACGGCCACGAGGCCCAACUUAUACUUGUGGCAAAAAAGCUGCCUACGUAACUUCGAGUCAGCAAAGAGUAACACGGAUCGCUUCCAUAGGUGACGAGGAAAGAACCCGCCGGUUGUCAUCAACCACAGCAUCAAGUUUGCAGAAAGAUGCAUUCCAUGUUUCGCUGGAUUCAAGAUCGACCAGAUCUAGUGGGUGUGCACCAACAAUGGGGCUUCAAAAGCUCAAUUCCAGGAAUGAGUCCUCAUUCCGAAACGGACAAAAUGAUACAAUGACCCCAAGAACAAAGAGAGCUAGGCAUGAGAUUAGACCAGCCGUGGUGAAUGCCUCGAAGAAAGAACAUCGCAGCUCGAUAGUAUAUUCCCUCUUCCCGGUUCAAGAGAAUAAAACGUUCAAGCGUGUUCCUUCAUGCAACAGAAAAUCUACACGGACCUCAAAUCCGGCGUUAAACAUUACUGUGAUAAAGAAAAUCUUGGAAGGCGGAGCAGCGAAUGCAUCACUAGACGAGAAAAAACUCUUAGGAUCAGCAUUUACCAGACUGCUGGGUGCAAAAAUAUCCAAGUUGCGAGGGGGCCAGGCAAUGUGAAGAAAGGGACCCUCCAAGUUUGAGAUUUAUCUAUUUCAAUCAGACUUGAAGCAGGGAGAUUCGGGUUUCUAUUCGUAACCUCAUUUCUAGAAAUUAUGUGGAGCCAAUUUUAUAAGAAAAAAAAAAAAAAAACCAUCUAAAGUCGCCUCACCGCAGUUGGGUGCCACAGUUCGAGUUGCGUUCUUGCUCGUUGGGAAGAUUUGUCUUAAGUUUGUUGCUAGUAUCGUUCUCCACACUAAGUUUUUGAUACUUUGAAGUGCAGUUGAUAUUAGAACGAAUGAUUUUUAAUACUGGCUAGAGAGGUGAUAAUUCCGUAAAUUCUGAUUUUUUGAAAAUUAUGAUUAUAGAGCGAAACAAGAAUCUGUCCACCCAGUAUUGUAAUUUUUUUUUUUUCUUGAGAUUUGUCUAAUCAUUGCUUGCACUU